GCUCAGUGAGUCGCAGUAAAUCCUAUUGUUAUGGUAAACUGAAAUUCGGAGAGAGAGAGAGCAGUCCUGUUUCUGUUACAGCAGCUCUGGUCUCUUUCAGUUUGAGGAAUAAAGCGGUGUUUCGGACUUCCUCCUCUCAGUAACCUGUUGCAGCUCCUCACAGCCUCGGUAGUUUUUGUUGGAAUCUUCCGGAGAACCAGCCUCUCUCUAAGGAAUGCACUUUGCAGGACCCGGUGCUCGGACACCUCCUUCCUUCUUUUUCUUAUAGAGAAGUUUUAAAUGAAUGAAGGAAAUGCGCUCGUGAAGGAUAACCGGUUUUCCGCAGUCCGGUCCCCCCCUCAGUCCGCCGGGCCGCCGACGGGCUGAGGAGCCAACAGCCGGGAGACAGCGCUCCCUGGCCGGCAUGGAGAACGGAGUCCGGGCGGGGCUCCGGCAGCAGGCGGGCGGCUGGGUGCUGCUGGAGGCCCGGCUGCAGGGCGGAGCGCCCUGGGGCUUCACCCUGCAGGGAGGCCUGGAGCACGGAGAGCCGCUCAUCAUCUCCAAGGUAGAGGAGGGCGGUAAAGCCGACAGUUUGGACCAGCCUCUGCUGACGGGGGAUGAGAUCGUCAUCAUCAACGACGUGGAGCUGACCGGGUUCAGACAGGAGGCCAUCGCUCUGGUCAAAGGGUCCUACAAGACUCUGCAGCUCACCGUCCGCAGGGAGUUGGAUCCAGGAUACAUCAAAGAGUUUGGUACUUCACGUCCCUCCCUGCCUGCUCUUCCUCCUCCAUCCACUCUAUCACCGUCACCCCCAUCACCCCCAUCACCCCUAUCACCACCCGCAUCCCACCACAGUACACCAUGCUCGUCAGGAGGAGUUCAACUGCGCAUCAAGAAAAGACGCAGUGAGCCAGCGUCUCGGCCUCACUCCUGGCACUCCACAAAGCUGGGGGAGGGUCCGCAGCAGGUGGACCGGGGCGGGAUGGACACCAUGAGCAGCGCCUGGCACCACAACUACCACGCCAGUGCCUCCACCACAGACCUGUCCGGGGGCUACGACUCUGGCGGCAGCUCCCUGAGGAAGAGUCCGGACCAGUACAGCUCGAGGGGCAGCAUGGACAGCCUGGACCCCCCCCAGUCCACUCACCUUAACCCCGGAGCACAGAACCACCACACAAACAGCGGACCCCACCCCGCCUACUCCUCCUGCCACCAGCUUUCCUCUGCCAGGUCCUCCAACAGCAUCGACCACCUGCACAGCAAGCGAGACUCGGCCUACUCCUCCUUCUCCACCAGCUCCAGCAUCCCAGAGUACCUGGCCUCCACGCCUUCCUUCAGCCCGGAGCGCUCGUAUUCUCUCGAGACGGUCCUUCAGAGAGAGAGAAGAGGUGGAGAGAUGCAGCAGGCGGACGUGUGCUACGCCCAGACGGUGUAUGACGUCCAGAGGGGCCACGAACACCAGCUGAGCUCCACCUCCGCCGCAUUGCUAAGCAACAGAGAUUCCAGAGGCGAGGGAGAAGCGAGGCCGGGGCACAGCAGAGAGCUACAAGGUGGGGUCUGUUACCGUGGCAGCAGCAGUGGCAGCAGCAGCAGUGGCAGCAGCAGUGGGGGUGUACCGGCAUCACAAAGACACAGUGUGGGGCCAAUAUGGGGCCCCUCAGCCAGCCGCAGCUCAUACGAGAACUUGAAGGGGGCGCCAGCUCCACCGAUGCGCAGUGAUAGCUACGCAGCCAUCAGGAACCACGAGAGACCCAACUCCUGGUCCAGUCUGGAUCACGCCCGCUCACUACGGUCUCUGCAGAAAGGUUCCUGGCAUCACUCCAGUGGCCCUGUAGCAUCAAGUGCAGCUAAAUGCUCUUACGGGGCCGAGGGCCAGCUCCACACCGUGAUAGAGAAGAGUCCAGAGAGCAGCCCCACCAUAAAGCCCCGGCAGGGCGGAGGCUUUCCCAGCCCCCCCUCCUGUCCUGGCCCUACCUCUGGACAUGCAGGCCCCGGCCCCCAGCUCAUUGUGCCCACAGGGAUACACCAUGUCCCCCAACAUCAGCCCCUCAAUGCAAAGAUACCCAGUCCAAUCCAGGGGCCAAGCUCCUUGGGAGGCUACCCUGCCCCCACCCAGCAGCAGCAGGGCAUCGAGGGGAGAGAGGAAGGAACAACCGAGGGACGGGAGGAAAGAAGGAUAUCAGCUACAGAAAACGGAUACCAAAACAACCCUUCUUCUUUACUGUACUCCUAUCCCCCUUCUUCUUCCUGCACUCAGCCCAGGCCUCGAGCACAACAGGCAGACAGGCCUCACCAGGAAGAGUCUUACUCUGAACUCUACAGACCCUACAUGAAAACAGCUAGAGAUCCAUCAGAGGAACACACAACCCGCCAGGGACCUCAUGGUCAAAGCUUCCAAGGGUCCCAAAUUCAAACAAGCAAGAGACCCCACAGCUUAGUGUUCCAGGAAGAGAACCAGGAUUUCAAUAUUCCCCACAUCCAAUCGGCCGCUGGACACAGGGCUCCAUCCUCAGAAGAAUGGAGGGACCCCUGCAUACCUGUCCAGUCGAGGGGAGACAGGAGAAGAUCAAUGGACCAGACCAGUACUCUUUCAGAGCCAGUGACAUCACCUAGGCUGGCACAGGGACAGGUCUUCCUACCCACACACCUUCUCCCCUCUCCUGCCCCCCCCCCUUUUCCUAGUCACCUCAGUGACUGGGACCACCGAGAGCAGGACAAAGACAGAGAACACCCACUGAGCCGUCUGGAGAUCGCCCUUGCUGAGGUCCAGCGAGGCUCUAGCCCCAACAGUGUCAUCUCUGCAGGUAGCCAUGGCAACAGCAGCGUUGGCGAUGGCAGCCAGGGACCUGUACGCAGCCUCUCUGUCCUGGAGAAGGUCAGUCGCUUUGAGCGUCGGGAACGCACCGGGAAGCAGCGCAGUCACAGCACCACCACCGCACAGGACAAAGCCUCACAUCUGAGGAUGACUGAGAAGGGUCGUAACUCCCCAUGUGGACCAGAUGACCUCAGAAAUAUGCUGGAGAGAAGCAACAGUAGGACUAAAGCCCACCGGACUCUGAGCUACAGAGGAGGCAGCUGUGAACACCCGAAAUACAGGACCCCAGCAGAUCCCAGUUCAGCCCUCCAGAGGAGCCGCAGCACCUUCCAGCUUGUUGAAUCCAGAGAGGUCGACAGCAGUAAAGAAUUCCCCUGCACACAGGACAUCCAGGACAUACUGGGCCCCGUGGGGGACACGUCCUUCAACAGAUCUUACAGGGACUCUUUGAAAGAUGCCCAGUCUAAGGUCCUGGGUUCCACCUCCUUCAGAAGGAGAGACCUGAGCUCGUCAAUCAGCCCUACACCUCCUCCAGCUCCCCCUCCCACAGCUCCUCCUCCCGUCUCCUCCUCUAUCACCGAUCAGACUCAACAUGUCUCUGCCAAGAACCACUCGCUGGAGAAGAAAGGUCCAAAAACCAUGCCCAAACCACAGGGUGUCGUCAUGGCACCACAGCUGCUCCCCCUGGUCACUUCCCUUCACACUCCGAAGGAGCGGCAUGUGGUCAACCCGGAAACUAGAGGCCCGAGCCCCCCUGCCCUCCCCAAUGUCCCACCAGUUGGUCCUCCUGGUCUGACGAGAAUCUGCGGCCGCAAACGUCUGAAUUUAGACCAAAAGAAGCGAUCAUACUCGGAGCCAGAGAACAUGAAUGAGGUCGGGGUUUCAGAUGCUGAGACUGCUGCCCUCUUCAGGCGUGGAGGAGAUACCAGCGUGGCAGAGCGUCGGAGGAUGUUUGAGCUGGAGACAAAUCGAGUCGGGGGCGGGCCUCUGCAAAAUGCCACUUCAAGGCCCGACUUGCGACAGCUUCAGCACGACGCUCUGGCUGAUUACAUGGAGAGGAAGAGAAGCAUGAAAAGAGACAAGGGAGGACAGAGGAGUGGACUGAGGCCCCGGAGUGCUUAUCUACAGCCUGAAAACAACAACCAUUCAGCGUCCUCCUGUCAAUCAGACACCCGCAGUCUCUCCCCCACCUCCAGCCUGCUCUCCCUCCAGGACUCUGUUACAGAUCGAAGCUUCUCCUCCUGCUCCGCCCUCCCUCCUGGAGAGGACCUGUGGAGCCUCCAGUCCAACCUCUUCUACCCGGGCAGGGUGACCACUCCAAGGCCAGCAUCGCACUCAUCUACUGGUGCUCCUUCUGACUCCCUCCCUGAGCUCCAGCACGGGUUCCUCCAGGACGGGCUCCUCCAGGAUGUCCCUCCUGAAGCAGGGCUCAGGAGACAGACCUCCAGCAGCAGAGACCUGCAGCAGUCUGCCUCAGAGCACCCCCUCCACCUGGGCCUGUCCCAGCAGCUGAACGGGGCUCUGCAGAGGGCUGGCUCCACUCGAGGCUCUGUGAGGUCAGCCACCACUGAGGACCUCCUGGGGAGGUCUGAGGAGAGACAGAUGACUCCUCAACACUGCCGCUCACGCUCCUCCCCUACAGCCCAGAGACUCCAUCAGGACACGUUCAAACUGGCCGACACCUUUUUGAGGACCCUGCAGGUGACGGCAGGAUGUUGGGGGGUCUGUUAUCCUGAACCUGGACGCCCCUCUCUGGCUGAGGACAGACCUGCAGUGGUCCAACUAUCAGACGGACUCUUCUCUCUGCGAGGCUCCAGAAACAGUCUGAACUCCGUCCAGCCUGCAGGGCCUUCACAAGGCUCCUCCCACACUCCUGUCACUUGUAGGGAGCGACAGAGGCUCAGCGAGCGGCAGAGAGCCAGCAGCACCUCCACCUUGGCGGCCUCUGUGGGCCUGCCCUCCCCCCUCUCCUCCCCUGGAGCUCUGGACAGUGGCAGCGCUGAGUGGCAUGCAAGUGAGCGGCUGAGCCAGGCCAACCUGGACGCCAUCACCUUCCCCGGAACACUCAGCAACACGACCCUGGUGACGGACGGACCGACCAGACACAGUUUCAGUGACUCCAGAGGAUUAGAAGACACCGCGGGAGACAUGUGUAGAGAGAGAGCGUCCAGUUUAGACAUGAUAGCAGGGUUUUCUGCAGAAAACAGCAAACAAGUUUCACCGGUGAUGCCAACACACCUGCCCCAUAUCCAGCUGGCAUCCCCACCAAACAGGAAGGACAGCGGAACCACUCCAUCGUCUCCGCCCCCAUCCUACCAUCCGUCCAUCCCCCAGCACCUGUCCUCCCUGCGGAUCUCUGAGUCCAGCCUCUUCAGCUGCAGCGACCAGCCGCAGCCGGUAGAGUCUACGCCAGGCCGACCGCUGGACGACUUUGAUGAGGUGUUCCUUCAAAAUCCUGACCCUCCAUCACCACAUAUCAAAGAGACAAGCCUCCUGGAGGACUUCCCUGCUCUUCCUCCUCCCCUGGAGUUGGAGGAGGAAGCUGGACACCAGACUGUUGGGAGUCCAAGCAUGGAGUUCUUAAACAACUCCCUGCCCUCCCCUCCAUUGUCACCUUCUUCCUCCUCAAUUCCUCUGUCUGAACCCAUCCUCCUUCCUACCCUGACGCCACAGCCCUCAACCUUCACCACAUCCACCCAACCCUUGGACAGCCUCAGUCUGGAGUACCAGCACCUGCCCAGGAGGGAGAAGACCUGGGACGAGCUGCGAGUGGAGGCGCUGGCCCGGCAGCUGGUGUUGCAGGACAGCUCUCUGGCGCCCCUCCUGGACACGUGGGGGGGUAAAUCCACCGUAGAGUUUAUGGAGGAGACUUUUCCAAACAGCAGAUUGGUUGGUAACUCACUGUGGCAAGGCAGUGGCAGAUUGGAGGACAGGAUCCAAGAUGGCGUCUGUGAUCCUGCACAGAGCUCGGCGGCUGCUCCAGGGAAAGAGACAGAUCUGGAUGAGCAUGAGAAGGACCUGAACACCAAGAAGUUGGAGCUGUGUGAGGCUCUGCGGGGCAGCGUGGCUGCGCUGCGGCAGGAGAAGGAGGCGCUGAGUGAGGAGCAGAGGGGGCACCAGGAGCUGGGGGCCGGCGUGGAGACGCUGCUGCAGGGACACCUCAGACCCAACGAGAGGGACAAGUACAGCAUGUUCAUAGGGGAUCUGGAGAGGAUGGUCAACCUGCUGCUGUCUCUGUGCAGCCGGCUGUCCAGGAUCCACAGAGCUCUGCUGGCUCUGGAGAGAGAGGAGCAGACGCAGGAGGACAGGGCCGGCGAGAGGGACUGCCUCCAUCACAAGCGCUCUCUGCUCCUCGCUCAGACCGAAGACGCCCGGGAGCUGAAGGACAACCUGGACCGGCGACAGGGAGUGGUCCACACCAUCGUGUCCAGCUACCUCACUGAGCCGCAGCUCCAGGUCUACCAGCGCUUCGUCAGCACCAAACCAUGCCUUCUGAUUCGCCAGCGGCACCUGGACGAGCUCAUCCGGCAGGGGGAGGAGCAGCUGACACGAUUAGCUGAGAGCCUGCCGCAGGAGCUGGCAGAGGCCCGCGGUUGGUCGAGAGGGUGUCUGUUCUCGUCAUCUAUCAUCGCCCACUGGUCCUCUGCUUAUCAACCUGCUGUGAUUCCAGGCCCCGCCCACUUAGCCAGGUCCACCACUGUGACUUCACUGUGAUGUCACCGACAGUUACAAGUAGCAGGGUGGGAAGGAUUGACUUUUGGCUCCAUAAAGAGAAGGAGCUUUAAUGAAGGAAUACUAAACAACUAUGCAGACUUUACACAUGAAGAAUAAACUCCUUUAAUGUGCCUCGUUCUAUAAACACUUGACUGUAUGUUAACCUCACCGAAACAUCAGCAACCCACGCUGUGGCUCAACACGACUUUUUGUCACACUCACAUCUUCACAAGAAAUGAUUUAGAUCAGAGAAAAUGGGUCACCCGAAAAAUAAAUUCUCACUUGCCUCUUCAGACACCCUGUCUGAAGACCCGAAGGGAUUUAAUAAAACUAGCUAUUAUACUGCAGACUGAUUCGACAACAUUAGCACCCUGAUAUAAAUGUAACAUAAGAAAAGUCACGAUCACUCUGGAAUUGUCUUUACACCACCCUGACGGUGCUUUCAGGAACCUUAUUCAGACGUUCUUCCAGGAACUUUUUCGUCAGUAAACUGGUGUUUUUUUAAGACAAAAUAUUAUCAUCUUCAGAAUAAGAUAUCAUUUGUCAUCUUGUUAAAUAUUUAGGGAUUUUCACAAAAUCAGCCCAGUUUUUGCACAUGUACAGUCAAAGUAAAUGAACACCAAAAUUGAAGGGGCACUGUUGUUAUUUUACUGCUACGAGAAGAAUCAAAACUGAGUGUGCAGAUCCUGAAGAGUAACUGAUCACUGUCACAUGCUACUGUAACUCUACUAUAACUCUGCUACUGUAACACUGCUACUGUAACUCUACUGUAACUCUGCUACUGUAACACUGCUACUGUAACUCUACAGUAACACUGCUACUGUAAUACUGCUACUGUAACUCUACAGUAACACUGCUACUGUAACACUGCUACUGUAACUCUACAGUAACACUGCUACUGUAACACUGCUAAUGUAACUCUACAGUAACACUGCUACUGUAACACUGCUACUGUAACACUGCUACUGUAACACUGCAACACUGCUACUGUAACACUGCUACUGUAACUCUACAGUAACACUGCUACUGUAACACUGCUACUGUAACACUGCUACUGUAACACUGCUACUGUAACACUGCUACUGUAACUCUACAGUAACACUGCUACUGUAACACUGCUACUGUAACACUGCUACUGUAACUCUACAGUAACACUGCUACUGUAACACUGCUACUGUAACUCUACAGUAACACUGCUACUGUAACACUGCUACUGUAACACUGCUACUGUAACACUGCUACUGUAACACUGCAACACUGCUACUGUAACACUGCUACCGUAACACUGCUACUGUAACACUGCUACUGUAACACUGCUACUGUAACUCUACAGUAACACUGCUACUGUAACACUGCUACUGUAACUCCACAGUAACACUGCUACUGUAACACUGCUACUGUAACUCUACAGUAACACUGCUACUGUAACUCUACUGUAACUCUGCUCCUGUAACACUGCUACUGUAACACUGCUACUGUAACUCUACAGUAACACUGCUACUGUAACACUGCUACUGUAACUCUACAGUAACACUGCUACUGUAACUCUACUGUAACUCUGCUCCUGUAACACUGCUACUGUAACUCUACAGUAACACUGCUACUGUAACUCUACUGUAACUCUGCUCCUGUAACACUGCUACUGUAACUCUACAGUAACACUGCUACUGUAACACUGCUACUGUAACACUGCUAAUGUAACUCUACAGUAACACUGCUACUGUAACACUGCUACUGUAAGACUGCUACUGUAACUCUACAGUAACACUGCUACUGUAACACUGCUACUGUAACACUGCAAUACUGCUACUGUAACACUGCUACUGUAACACUGCUACCGUAACACUGCUACUGUAAGACUGCUACUGUAACUCUACAGUAACACUCCUACUGUAACACUGCUACCGUAACACUGCUACUGUAACACUGCUACCGUAACACUGCUACUGUAACACUGCUACUGUAACACUGCUACUGUAACACUGCUACUGUAACACUGCAACACUGCUACUGUAACACUGCUACCGUAACACUGCUACUGUAACACUGCUACUGUAACACUGCUACCGUAACACUGCUACUGUAACACUGCUACUGUAACACUGCUACUGUAACUCUACAGUAACACUGCUACUGUAACUCUACUGUAACUCUGCUCCUGUAACACUGCUACUGUAACUCUACAGUAACACUGCUACUGUAACUCUACUGUAACUCUGCUCCUGUAACACUGCUACUGUAACUCUACUGUAACUCUACUGUAACUCUGCUCCUGCAUUGAUAACUGUUGUUGCAGACCUUACACUGAAUGAUGUUUUCCUUGUGCCUCUUUAAACGCUGAUGUGAUGAAACAUUUGAUGUCAAAAAUGGAGUUUGUAUUCCAAAGAUGUUCACAGGAUGAGUUGUUUGCAUCAACAUUGUUUAAUUUUGGAUUUGAUUUUAUGUUUUUUUUUCCCUGUUCAAAGUUUCAAGAUUAACAAGAGCCACAACUGAAUCCCAAAAAUCUUAAAUUCUGAAUAAUCGCUUAUUCAAUUUCUGAUAAAUUGGUCAGAUAUUUAAUCCAUAAAAUACCAAGAAUUUCAAAAUUCCACAAUUAACUAUGCCAAAAAAUAUUUAACGCAUAUUAUAAAAGAAAAACAGAAAGGAAGAAACAAUUAAACAAUCAAUGAAAAUGCUGACAGAUGUAAAUCGCCUGAAUCCUUAAACUCGCUCAGUUUCAGCUGCUGAAACUACCAUACAUGAAAGAUGAACGUUUUUUUGUAUUAUUGUAUUUCAUUAGUGUUGUUUGUUUGUAUAUGUGAAAUAAAGCAAUGUUUAGUAAUCUAGUUUUAAGUCCUGUUCUGAUCAAACUGUCAGAGAAACACAGGCUGCACAUUACAACACUGUGGAAUUCAUUACUAUUACUACUGCUAUUACUUGUUUCAUAAAUGAGAAACAAAAUACUUCAUUUAAAUCUCUUUCUUAAGUGUUUUUAUUCAGUAAAGUAUCAGCAUCAA